AAGUAAAAAUGGACUAUACACUAGUACUGGAGUAGUAGAAAAUGGCAAUGUUCGAUGUGGACCUCACCUUGUGAUGUGGGGACGGUGCACCUGUAAAUUAAAAAUACAAAAUAAAUAAAAGCAAAUUUAAGACCUAAAAGGAGUGAAUGACCCCUUCUUCUCUCUCAACUCCUCUCUUUCAAUCUCUGCAACUUUUUUUUUUCCUAUACCCAGAAAAGAAUUCAUUCAAUCAAACACUCAAGAAAAAGAAAAAAAAUGAAGAAUCUGUACCAUAAAAACAAAGACAAAGGUAAAGUAUACCCAUCUCCAUCUCUUUCUUCAUCUUCAUCUUCAUCACCAAGCAACAACAACAACAACAAAGAUGUUUUGAAUCUACUACCAGCUGCUAUUCUAGUACUUGUUUCAGUACUUUCAUUAGAAGAUCGUGAAGUAUUAAGUUACUUAAUAACCAUGUCACUGAAAUCAACAAACCCAUCUUCAUCAUCAUCAAAGAUCCUUGUACAGAAAUUCAAGAAAACAAGUCAUAAACCAUUAUUUGAUUGUGGUUGUUUUGAUUGUUAUACUAGUUUUUGGUUUAGAUGGGAUUCUUCACCUAAUAGAGAACUUAUCCAUCAAGCUAUUGAAGCUUUUGAAGAACAUUUAUCUAAACGCGAUGAUGAACUGCUACUCUCUGCUUCGUCUUCACCUUCAUCUAAACAUAGAGGUAAGAAGAAAGACAAAAUGGGUCGAAGAAAUUCUGAUAAAUCAGUCGAUAAACAUCAGAAGAAGAAAGCAGAUGUAAUGAUACCCGCGUUGCCGGAAUUUGAACCGGAGAAGAAGCCUUUGGUGACCAUAACAGAAGACAUUGUUGUUUUACCUGAAUGUGUGAACGAAGAUGAAGAGAAGAAGAUAAAACAAGCGUUUGAAGAAAGGAAAGCGAAAGAAGAAGUAAAGGAAGAACAAGAAACGGCGGUGGUGGUGGAGGAAGCUGAAGAACAAGUUCAGGUGUUGAAUAAUGGUGGUCACAAGGGUUUGGCAAGGAAGGUUUUACCGGAUGUAUUAGGGAUAUUAAAUUCUCGUUUAUGGAGUCUUUGGAGUCCGAAUGUUUAAUAAUUUUAGUGGUUUGUGGUGAAUUCUUCUAUUAUUCUCCAUCCACUCAAAAAUAUAUUUAAAAUUUCUAAUAUCCUUUCUUGUUUUCUAAGUAAAUUUUCUUAAUGGAUACCAACAUUUUCCGGUGGUGUGUCAUUUUUGGUUCACCGGAAACAAGUUUAUAAAAGAAAAAAAAUUAGGGUUUAAGAGACGGUAUGAAAAAUUGAAAAGGUGUGUUGUGUUAUGUAACAUCAUCACUGUUGACUUCAAUUAGUGAGCUUUAUAACAAACCUCCUUUUUU